CGGUCAAGGUCAACAGCGGCGGCCCCAUCCGAGAAGAGUAAGUUGAGGCCCAGCAGAGGCGCAGCUUACCACGCAGGAAGGAGUACGGUAGAAGGUGAGCGAAUCAGGAUCGGUCCACCGUCCACUGAGAGCUCGCGCACGUGGUUCAUUGCCGCUUUCUCGCCCGCAGUGGACAACAAGAGCGGAGCCUUCGGUCCAUGGGGAUCAUCGCAUGGCUCAGCCUCCUUAAAUUCAACUGGCUGCGCAGAUGUAGGACCUGCGGCGUGCGCGGCUCCAAGUGUCUGUGCCGUCGGCCAUCACUGGCGCUCGAGCACAUUUUCUUCCUCGAGGAGCGGAAGAAUAAGUUCGGCGCGCGCAACUUCAGCCACGUAAGCGACACCAUGAUGACGUCGAACAGCACCAUGUUCGCAAGCAGUACGACUGGCACGGGUCCAGCCAGCAGCCUCAGUGGGUCCACCGUUGUCAUGCGCGGUGCCAGAUCCUCCGUCGAUAGUGAUGUGAACCCGACUGAUUAUUACAACCAGACUGCGCCGCCUGAAGGCAACGGCGAGCUCUUAACGCCUCGCCUGGACCAGAAGACGGAGAACCAGCUCCGCGCUCACGGCCAUCCCAGCCAGAACAAGAAACAACGAGGUGUCAGCCACAGAAAUUCCAAGGUCUCGGGCGCAGACGACGCUCCUUCUGCUGCCCUUGUCCGCAAGUACUCUGGACGUAUGAUGUCCAAGGCAAGACACAACGGAGACAAGAGCAUGCAGCCACCAAUUAAGGACGUUGCGACGGGAGAAUACAUUCUCUAUUCGGAGGAGAACAUCCCCGUCUCGCUGCCACACCGUCAGCAGCAGAAGCAGAUCGUGCCGCGCGACCGCAGGCGGUCUCGUGCCCAGAGCAACAAGAGUAUUAAGAUGACCAACACCCUCCCACAACACAAGGAGGAGCCUGGUGUCUCCUUCCAGUUCUACGGCCGUUGUGGUGCCCCCGUCCCACCACCUCCCGCCAUGCUGUCAAACAGGAGCGCAAGCAUGCGAAGCAGCUGCAGCACCAACGACUCAUUCAUUAUGGGCUCGAGCUCCAUCUCGUCCACGCGUGUGUCCCAAUACUCUGACCGCGUGAGUCUCGAGACGAACUUUGGCUCGCUUAAUCCGCAGUCCAACCUCACCAACACUGGACGCUUCAUCGACAGCGGCUACACCCCGAGUAUCCAGGAGGAUGAGGAGGCACAGGCUCUGGAGCAGCUCAGUGGCUGGCUCCAUGCCUCAUCCGUAUCGACACAGGGUUCGUUCAUGCUGUCGCGAUAA